CAGCCCUCGGGGAGCUGGGGUACUCUGCGGGGUUCUCAGUGGCCCCAGACCCCAGGAAAGCUCGAGUAAAAGCAAGAGAACUUCACUAACAAGAUGAAGACCCUGCUAAUUAUAUUUGUCCUAAACCUUUGGACUGAAACACUGACAGAUCAGAGCCCAGGGCCAGGCCCUGAGUACGCCGACGUGGUGUUCCUGGUGGACAGCUCCGACCACCUGGGAGUGAAGUCCUUCCCGCCGGUGAAGACGUUCAUCAGCAGGAUGGUCAGCAGCCUCCCCAUAGAGGCGGACAAGUACCGCGUGGGGCUGGCCCAGUACAGCGACGAGCUCCACGCUGAGUUCCAGCUCAGCGCCUUCAGGAGCCGGGGCCCCAUGCUCAACCACCUCAAGAAGAACUUCGGGUUCCUGGGCGGCUCCCCGCGCCUGGGAAACGCUCUCCGGGAGGCGCACAGGACCUACUUCUCAAACGGAAGGGACAGGAAGCAGUUUCCCCCGAUCCUGGUGGUCCUGGCUUCGGCCGAGCCUGAGGAUGCCGUGGAAGAGGCCGCCGAGGCCCUGCGCAAAGACGGGGUGCGGAUCGUCUCCGUGGGGACGCAGAGUGUGUCCGAGGAGACCCUGAAGGCCGUGGCCACGGCCCAGUUCCACUACCGCCUCCGCACGGUCCGAGACCUUGGCGCGUUCUCCCUGAACAUGACGCAGAUCCUCAAGGAGGCGGCUCAGUCCACGGAGGGAGCAGCCCACGCUGAAAGCGCAGUUCCCUCUCCCAGGGUGUGUCAGAAAGAUUCCCUUGCUGACCUCAUGUUCCUGGUAGAUGAGUCUCUUGAGACCAGAGAAGAUCUCCGGAACCUGCAGAGCUUCCUGAGGAACAUCUCCUCCUCCAUGGGUGUGAAAGAAAACUGCCUGCGGCUUGGCCUGAUGAGUUACAGUGACAGAGCCCAGACGCUUUCUCUUCUGAAAUCAAGCACAACCCAAUCGGAAUUUCAGAAGCAAAUUGAGAAGCUGUCUCUGCGGGCUGGAAAAUCCAACACAGGGGUUGCCCUUGAGAAGCUGAGGGCAGAAGGCUUCUCAGCCUCAAAUGGUAGCAGGAGGGCACAGGGAGUGCCUCAGAUUGCAGUCCUGGUCACUCACAGACCAUCCGAUGACCAGGUGCGCGAGGCUGCCCUGAGUCUCCGACUGGAGGACAUAACUGUGUUUGCCACGGGCAUCCAAGGAGCUAACAAGACCCAAUUAGAAGAAAUAGUGUCUUACCCUCCGGGACAGAUGCUCUCCAUGCUGAAGUCCUACGCAGACUUGGAAACUUACAGUAAGAACUUCCUGAAAAAGCUCCAGAAUGAAAUAUGGUCCCAAAUUUCAACUACUUCUGAACAAGUGGAACUUGAUAAAACUGGCUGUGUGGAUACAAAAGAGGCCGAUCUCUAUUUCCUCAUCGACGGCUCCGGCAGCAUUGAGGACAAACACUUUGAGCAAAUCAAGGCAUUUAUGACGGCAGUGAUAGAUAUGUUUAGCAUCGGCCCAGGCAAAGUCCAAGUUGGCACUGUGCAGUUUUCAGACACGACGGAAGUGGAAUUUAAUAUCAGUCACUAUUCUAAUGAUGUGAAAUUAAAGCAGGCUGUUUCUAACAUCAAGCAACUCAAAGGCGGCACUUUGACUGGGGCAGCACUGGACUUCAUGCUGCGAGUGAUCAGGGAGGACAGGAGACACAGGACCACCGAGGUCCCCUGUUACCUCGUUGUGUUGACUGACGGGAUGUCAACGGAUGGCGUUGUGGAACCUGCUGAGAGACUGCGGGCUGAACACAUCACCAUUCAUGCAGUCGGCAUCGGGGAGGCCAACAAGAUAGAACUACUACAAAUUGCUGGGCAAGAGGAGAGGGUUAGUUUUGGGCAGAACUUUGAUUCUUUAAAGAGCAUAAAAGACGAGGUUGUUCGCAGCAUCUGCAGUGAGAAAGGAUGUGAAGACAUGAAGGCUGACAUCAUGUUUCUGGUGGAUGGUUCUAGGAGUAUAGGACCUGAAAAUUUUGUGAAAAUGAAAACCUUCAUGAAAAACCUAUUAGCUAAGAUUCAGGUUGGUCCAGACAAAGUCCGGAUUGGUGUCAUCCAGUUCAGUGACUAUAAUAAGGAAGAAUUCCAGCUUGACAAAUACUUCACACAAGGAGAAAUUUCUGAUGCCAUAGACAGCAUGUCUCACAUCGACCAGAACACUUUGACUGGAAGUGCACUAACCUUCGUAGCUGACUACUUCACCGAGCCCAGGGGGGGCCGUCCCACAGUCAGAAAGUUCCUCAUCCUCAUCACGGAUGGAGAAGCCCAAGAUGAAGUCAGAGACCCCGCGAGAGCCCUUCGGGACAAAGGUGUGACCAUCUUCUCCGUGGGGGUGUACGGUGCCGUUAGGUCUCAGCUGGAGGAGAUCAGUGGGGACAGCAGCCUGGUCUUCCAUGUUGAGAACUUCGAUGAUCUAAAGGCUAUAGAGAAAAAGCUUGUCUUCCGUGUGUGCGCUCUUCACGAUUGUAAAAGGAUUAAGCUGUUAGACAUCGUGUUUGUGCUGGACCACUCAGGCAGCAUCAGCCGCCAAGACCAAGAAAGCAUGAUGAACCUCACCAUCCACCUGGUGAAGAAAUCGGACGUGGGCCCGGACCGAGUUCAGUUUGGAGCGCUCACGUACUCUGACCAGCCCGAGGUUCUCUUCUACCUCAACACCUACUCGAACAGGUCCGCGGUCGUUGAGCAUCUGAGGAGGCGCCGGGACACCGGCAGGAGCACCUACACCGCCCGGGCCCUGGAGCACGCCGGCAGCCUGUUCACGGAGGAGCACGGCAGCCGCAUCAAGCAGAACGUGAAGCAGAUGCUGAUCGUCAUCACGGAUGGGGUGUCCCACGACCAAGACCUGCUCGGGGACGUGGCCUCGAAGCUGAGGCGCCAGGGCAUCGUCAUCUAUGCCGUGGGUGUAGGACAGGCCAACCAAGAGGAGCUCGAGAUGAUGGCGGGGGACAGAAACUACACUGUCCAUGUGAGUGACUUCAGCAAGCUGAAGGAUGUCUACCAGUCUCUGCAAGACAGCAUGUGCACCAACGCAGGAGAGGUCUGUCAAGUUCCAAAAGCCGACGUGAUCUUCUUUUGCGAUGGCUCGACUAGGGUGUCCAAUACAGAAUUUGUUACCAUGAUGACUUUCUUGUCGGACUUAAUGGAUGAUUUUGACAGUCAGUCUCAAAGAAUGCAAAUUGGGAUGGCUCAGUUUGGGGUCCGCUACCAAGAAAUUAUUGAGUUGCAAAAUUCUCUGACUCCAGCCCAGCGGAAGGCUCGGAUUCAGACCAUCACCAAGAGUGGCGGGCAUCCGAGGAUGGACUUGGCCCUUAAACAAGUGGGUGUUAUGUUUGAGCCAUCUGCUGGGAGCAGAAGAAACGCUGGUGUCCCCCAAAUUUUGGUUGUCAUCACAUCUGGGGACCCCACCUACGAUGUGGCAGCUGCAGCGAAGACCCUGAGAGAAGACGGAAUUUGCAUUCUGGUUUUGGGCAUCAGAGAUGUUCAUAAGGAACAGCUUCUGCCGAUAACGGGCAAUUCUCAAAAAAUCAUCACUUUUCAAGACUUUGAUAAGCUGAAGAAGGUGGACGUGAAGAAAAGAAUGGUCCGUGAAAUCUGCCAGAGUUGCGGGAAAACCAACUGCUUUCUGGACGUCGUGGUCGGCUUCGACAUUUCCACACACCUGCUGGGGCAGCCGCUGUUCCACGGCCACCCCCGGCUGGAAUCCUACCUCCCAGGCCUUUUAGAGGACAUCUCCUCCAUCGGGGGGGUGAGCUGUGGGGCAGGUGCAGAGGUGCAGGUGAGUGUGGCCUUUAAGGUGAACAGUGAGAAGAGUUUCCCUACCAAGUUCCAAAUCUACCAGAAAACAAUAUGGGAAAACCUCCUGCAAGAAACCGUCUCUGGGCCAACUCACCUGAACGUGCAGUUCCUGCAGUCCAUGUGGGACGUGUUUAAGGAUUCACCUUCAUCCCGAGGACAGGUGCUACUCAUCUUUUCAGAUGGUCUUGGGGGUGAGAGCAAAGCAGUGCUUGAAGAUCAAUCGGACAGGCUCAGAGAAGCAGGACUUGAUGCUCUGCUGGUGGUCUCCCUAAACACGACUGCCCAUGAUGAGUUUUCCAGCUUUGAGUUUGGAAAAGGAUUUGAUUACAGGACUCCCCUGACCAUUGGCACGAGAGAACUGGGCAAAAAGUUGUCGCAGUAUCUGGGAAACAUUGCAGAGAGGACUUGCUGCUGUGCAUUUUGCAAGUGUCCGGGGGUUCCAGGACCUCGGGGGCCCCGCGGACAACGAGCCUUGAAGGGCUUUCCGGGUCUGAAAGGCAGCAGAGGACACAGGGGAGAGGAUGGAGACCUUGGAACACGAGGAGACACUGGACCCCAAGGAAAUACAGGGAUCGCAGGAUGUCCAGGGGAGCAGGGUCAAAAGGGAGCCAGAGGAUUUUCUGGAUAUAAGGGAGAACAUGGGGACGACGGGGUUGAUGGACUCAGCGGGGAAGAGGGCGUGCGUGGAUUUCCCGGCAAUAAGGGAGAAAAAGGGGACCAAGGAUCCCAGGGGAGCCCAGGUUCCAGAGGCCCCCCUGGAGGAUAUGGGGAGAAGGGCUUCCCAGGGGAUCCUGGUAAUCCAGGACAGAACAAUAAUAUCAAAGGACAAAAGGGGUCCAAAGGAGAACAAGGAAGGCAGGGUAGAACCGGCCAGAAGGGGACACCAGGCAGCCCCAGUUCCCAAGGAAGCAGGGGACGAGAAGGCCAACGGGGGACCCAGGGUGCCCCGGGACAACCUGGGAACCCUGGACCUCAAGGCGCACUGGGACCCGAAGGAUUACAAGGUCCACAGGGGUUAAACGGAAUUCCGGGCAGGAAAGGCGAGAAGGGGAACCAGGGUCACAAAGGACCUCAGGGCGCCGCUGGCCCGGUGGGAGAUAAAGGAAGUGAUGGAAGGCCUGGACCCUUGGGGAAGAAGGGAGAGCCAGGAAUUCCUGGAGACCCGGGGCCAGCAGGGCAAGCCGGACCUCGAGGAAAGCAGGGUGAUUACGGCAUCCCAGGCUACGGUCCUACGGGACGAAAAGGAGUAAAGGGCCCAAGAGGAUUCCCUGGCGAUAUGGGGGAAAAGGGUGAUGUUGGGGACCCUGGAAUUCCUGGGGGGCCCGGACCGAAAGGAUUUAGAGGAUUACCGCCCACUGUAGGUUUGAAAGGUGAAGAGGGUUCUCCAGGACGCCAGGGCCCACCUGGACAGAGGGGAGCUAAAGGCAUGGCCGGGCAGCCCGUGUAUUCUCAGUGUGAUCUGGUUCAAUUCCUGCGGGACCACAGCCCUUGUUGGAAAGAAAAGUGUCCCGUGUACCCAAUGGAUCUGGUAUUUGCCCUGGACCAGUCCUCUGACAUCACAGAGCUGAGAUUCAAUGAAACGAGGAACACCAUCACUUCCAUCAUCAGUGACCUCAACAUCCGGGAAAGUAACUGCCCCGUGGGAGCAAGGGUGGCUGUGCUUUCCUACGACUCAGCCACCAGCUAUCUGAUCCAUCCGUCUGACUACCGUAACAAGAAGCACCUCCUUCAACUUCUUUCCCAGAUAAAAUAUUCAAAGUCUAGAGAAGUCCGAGACAUCGGGAACGCAAUGCGGUUUGUGGCCCGGAAUGUCUUCAAGCGGACGUCCGCGGGAGCCAGUGUGCAGAGGGUUGCUGUGUUUUUUAGCAACGGACAAGCCACCAGUAGGUCAUCCAUCAUCACGGCCACCAUGGAGUUCAGCGCCCUGGAGAUCAGCCCGGCAGUCAUUGCUUAUAAUGAGAGGAAUUUCCUUGAUGAGGCUUUUGGGUUUGACGACACCGGGACCUUCCAGGUGCUCCCUGUGCCUCCAGAUGGGGAAUACGAACCAUUAGAGAGACUGCGGCGCUGUACCCUUUGCUAUGAUAAAUGUUUUCCGAGUGCUUGCAGCAGAGAGAUUUUCUUGCCCGAAGACUCAUACGUGGAUGUAGCCUUCCUCUUAGACAAUUCUCAGAAUAUGGCAAGAGAUGAGUUUAAGGGUGUGAAAACCUUGGUGAGCUCGAUGCUUGACAACUUCAUCAUUGCCUCAGACCCUGUCAUCUCAGACUCUGGUGAUAGAGUUGCUUUGUUGACCUAUUCUCCUUGGGAUAGGAGAAAGAAGGAUGUGGUAAAAACCGAGUUUGAGUUUACAACGUAUGACAGUCAAGUUCUAAUGAAGAGACACAUUCAGACUAACCUCCAGCAGCUACAUGGAGAAGCUACCAUUGGCCAGGCCCUGCUGUGGACUGUGGAGAAUCUCUUCGCAAGAACACCCAACCUGAGAAAACACAGGAUCAUCCUUGUGAUCUCUGCUGGAGAAAAUCGUGAGAGAAAGGAAUUCUUAAAGAAGACGGCUCUGCGGGCCAAGUGUCAGGGAUAUGUCAUAUUUGUGGUUUCCCUGGGGUCAACCCAUAGGGCGGACAUGGAGGAGCUAGCCAGCCACCCACUGGAUCACCAUCUGAUACAACUUGGGAGAGUUCAUAAACCGAAUCUGGAUUACAUCGUGAAGUUUUUAAAGCCAUUUGUGUACUCAGUUCGACGAGGAUUCAAUCAGUACCCACCAGCGAUGCUUGAGGACGCCUGCAGACUCCUCAGCUCAGAAGGAGAGGAGAAUGAAGACAUGAGUCUUCUGUUUUCUUCUGAGCCGCAUGAGAUUUCUUCAGGAGAAAACAGCUUCAUUGGUCAGGAAUUAAGUGCUGGAAGAGACUCAUCUUUUGUGUUGGGGGACAGUGGGAGUGACCAUUUGGUUUACAUUCCAAGCCACAUGUUUAUGCCACCGAAAUUAAUGACUAAGUAUGAAAAAGAUCAGGAUUCUGGAGAAAUUGCAAGUCUCACUUCGGGACAUGAAAACCAUGGCAGAAAAGAAGAACCAGGUCUUGCUUAUGAACCUAGCACUGCCUCUCUUCAAGAAUAUUACAUGGAUGUGGCCUUCCUCAUAGAUGCUUCCCAAAGAGUAGGAAAGGAUGAGUUUAAGGAUGUGAAAGCGUUUGUAACCUCGGUGCUUGAUUACUUCCACGUGGCCCCAGACCCACUGAUCUCCAUGCUGGGAGACAGGGUAGCAGUCCUGACCUACUCUCCUCCAGGCUACAUGCCCAACACUGAAGAAUGCCCCGUCUACCUGGAAUUCGAUUUGGUCACUUACAACAGUAGACACCAAAUGAAACAGCAUCUCCAAGACUCUCUCCAGCAGCUCAAUGGAGAUGCUUUUAUUGGCCAGGCCCUACAGUGGACAGUGGACAAUGUUUUUGUAGGAACCCCCAACCUCAGGAAAAACAAAGUGAUCUUUGUCAUAUCUGCUGGUGAAACCAACCCUUUAGACAAGGAAGUUUUAAGAAAUGUGUCUCUGAGUGCCAAGUGUCAGGGCUACUCCAUAUUUGUGUUUUCCUUUGGUCCUGUGCAUGACGACAAGGAGCUAGAAGAAUUAGCCAGCCACCCACUGGAUCAUCACUUGGUCCAGCUUGGCCGGUCCCACAAGCCAGACUUGGACUAUAUCGUCAAAUUUGUCAAGCCGUUUGUUCAUUCAAUCAGACGCGCCAUCAACACGUAUCCCCCUGCAGAUCUGAGACCCCGGUGUGUUAACGUCACUGCUCCCCACUCAGAGGAUGAUGGCACAGAAAACACUGUGUUCCUCAUUCCUGAGGUGUAUGAAAUAGAGACGGAGCACUGGGAGCCUUUGGGUGAAUUCGGGUCCCAGCAGCAGCAGCAGCAGCAGCAGCAGCUCUCUGAAUUAGGGGACAGUCGUAGGAAUGGUUCUGGGACCAGCACUGAUCUGAUCCAGAGGUGGUACAUGCUUUCACCUCCUGGGGAGCUGAUGAAAGACAAGGACGAGGCACAUUCAGAAGAACUCACAGCUGCAGCAGACAACAGACAGCAAGAUAAAAAAGAUGCUGAGGACACAAGAUGAUCAGAGCAGGAAAGAAUGUAGCUCCACGUGGCUCUCACCAGAAAGUUUAAAUCAUCUAUUAGAGGUAGAGUGGUAAGUGGCAGAAAUUUUUCAUGAAAACAGUUGGCUAAUAACAUGCCAAUUUGUUCUGUUUCGAAUUUGAAGGAAAGACUUUUCUGAGUGAGGACUUCAAUGAGCAGAUCCAAGAAACUAGGAAUGAUUUUAUUUCUUCCAAGAAUUGGGACAAUGGACUGUGAAGGAUUAACUGAAUCUUUUCUUUGACAACUCUGUGCCGGGCAUCAAUGGUGAUGAUGUAUCUGACUAAAGCAUAUAUUUGCCCUAAUUUUCAUCACAUCUGUAUCUCAAAUUGGACUCGAGUAGAAGGCACUGAGGUUCAGCAUCUCCUAAGAAUGUCUUCAGUCUAUUCAGAGAAAUAGAAAGCCACGCCCAUGUCUUAUUUCCAGUGUGACCCUAAUGGUGCAUUUAAAACCGAUUGCUCUGUAAACCCCCCAUCAGGCUACUAACAUUAUAGUCAAUGCCUGCUCUUCACAGGAUGUUUACAAAAGAAUGGAACUUGUAAGAAAGAAAAAAUGAGACAAGGCUCAUUUUAUGCACUGCUGCUUUGUGCUGUGAUCAUCUGUUUUAGCAUGCUUUGCUUUGCGGGUAUUUGAUUUUGCUGCAAACAAAACAAAACGUAUGGAAAAGCAUGAACAUACGACCAGAACUGUUCCUGGGAAUUAGCAAGAGACGAGUUCUACAAUAAAGGCAAGCCUGAGCUGGG